UCCUCUCCUUGUUUACCGUCAGGUGCGUCGCGCGUACUGUGCGUCAAGUGCCUUGAUUUUUGCCUCCGAUCGUGUUCCCGUGAGGCCUUGAUAAUGCCCACGGGGCUCACGAGUGCGCCCAAAGGCGAUACCGAUUUUUCUCUACAGUGGUAAAAAAAAACGAAAAAAAAAAUGGGCUCCGGUCGUUAUUACCCAGUGCUUGCCGUCCUCUGGCUUACCUUCCACGGGAGCACCGAACUGGCUAUUCUCAUCUGUCCCGAGGGAUGUCGGUGCGACUACGCCGUCAACGUGCCACGAGUUAACUGCUCCUAUGCGGGGCUCAAAACCCUUCCCAGUAAUAUCGACAACCUCGUGGAGCAUCUAGAUCUGUCCAACAACCUGUUGACGGGUCUGCCAGCAGUCAUCAACCGGUUGACGAAACUCCAGCGCCUUAGCCUGGCGCGCAACCGAUUCACGUCCCUGCCCGUGAACCUGCGGGGCCUCGUCAACCUACGCGAACUCGAUCUCAGCGGUAACGAGAUCGGUAGCACCGACGACCUCAUCGGCCUGGAAGAUCUGGCGAGCCUCGAGACGCUCCACCUCAGUGGCAACCCCCUGGACAAGCUCGAUGGCUUGACGAACCCGAGCUUGCGGUCCCUAAAGGCUACUUUGUGCGAUAUCACAAAACUGGGGGACACGUCUCUUGAGGGCCUGCCUGAGCUCGUUCGGUUGAAUUUGAUGGGUAACCCGCUGAGGGACAUAGCCAAGCCGUCCUCGGCGAAACUCCAAUCGCUGGACCUUUCGAGGUGUCACCUGAAUGUUUUACCGGAGGAUGCGUUCGUGGGAUUGCCGGAGCUCCUAGAACUGCGAUUGUCCGACAACCCAUCGCUGGUAUACUGCACCAGGUCCAAGUGCCUGCGUCACGAGAAGCUUAAGAAGCUCGAUGUCUCUCGGUGCAACCUGGACAGACCUGGGCUCCAACGCUUGCCGUCCCUGACGCACGCCAAGCUGUCCGGCAACUCGAUCAGCAUGCUGCCCGACCGCGUGUUCUCGAACCGCAAGCUCACUCACCUGUUCCUCGACAGCAACCGGCUCGAGUACCUCAACAAGAGCGUGCUCGUCAAUCUCCCGGCCCUAGAGGUCCUCGAUCUGUCGGCUUCUGGUCUGAAACACGUGCCCACGGGCGCGUUCGUCAAAAACCCGAGGCUGCAGUUUCUGAACUUGUCCGGCAACUGGCUCACCGAUUUUCCAAAGCUAGGGGCAUCGAUCGCGCGCCUGGACCUGUCGGACAAUUCGAUCGGCAAAAUGGAUAACGACAGUUUGGAGGGCAUGCCGCGUCUGAGGCGAUUAGACCUGAGCGCCAACAACCUCGAGAGGAUGCCCCAAAAUUUGGUCUCCGACAGCCUGAUGGACUGGGGCCUCGGGGAAAACCGCAUCCGGACGCUCGACAAUGUUUCGUUCACCGGCCUUCCGAAUCUGGAAAGGUUGGACCUGUCUUCGAACCUGUUGGUCCAAGGCUUGCACCCAGGACUGUUCUACAAGAACGCGCUACUGAAAAAGCUGCACUUGCACGGCAAUCCUUGGUCGUGCGACUGCCAGGAGCUACGCCCUUUGCACCAUUUUCUCACAGUUCUCGGUUGCAACGAGGAGCCGCUCGUUUGCGCCAGUCCCAGCCAAGUCAGCGGCUACUCCUGGGAACACGCCUGCGAGAACGCGUGGACGAAUAAGCCCGGCAUCACGGCUCAGAGCAAACAAACGUUCAAACUCUUCCUCCUGGGCCUGCUGGUAAUCAUCGUGUGCUUCGGAACGGUCGUGUCGAUAAGACACAGGAUCAAAACGAAACGGCAGACCAGAGACCACUUGAGGCGGAUCCACGUGGCCGAAGCCAGGGAGAGGUUGAGAUUCUUGCAGAGAAGGAACCAGUGGCUGGACGAGGAGCUCCAAGGCUCGACGUCGGAGCCGCGAAUCCACCCCCUGGAGGUGCUCGGACCGCCGAGCUACGAGGAGGCCGUGACCAUGACGCGGCUCGCGCGCUCCCUCGACGCCCUCGACUCGGUCUCCGAAAAUCGGCAAAUUGCCGGCUCGUCCGAGAGCUUGCGCGCCAACAAGAAACGUCGGCCCCGACGAACCGCUCGUCGGACUCGCUCGCAGAGUGACGGGAACCUGGCCAGGGAGAUGCGGCGCAAGGAGCGCCUGCGUCGGGCGCUGGAGGCCAAGGAUGGCACUCGCGUCGAAGGCAGGCCCGGACCGAGACCCCUGACUCCCGCAGCAGCGAGGCGGAGGUCGAGGAGGCUGUCGGUGACACACAAUUGCAGUCCUACGGAUGACGAGGACUCGGAUGUUACGGAGAACUCGGGGGGUAAGAAGAAAAGCGGCAAAUGCCCUGCAUCGGUCAGAAACUCCAACAGGGAGCUCGGGAGGGAUGGGUACGACGGCGAUGGCACGGAUACCGAAAGCUGA